GAGACCCAGCGCGGCAAAUUCAAAACAGACAUAAACUGCUUGUUGUUUUUCUCCGUCAGCGACUUUUUAUCAUUCUGAUGUUUGGAUUAGUGCUCUUGACCAUGGGUUUGUCUAGCGGCAGGAAAGGCACAGCCCUUUGCAAAGAUUUUUAAAAUCAGAUUUAAAUGCAAUGUAAAAUUUCAUGUUUGUGCUUCACCGCCAGUGUUCAUGAGCAAAUCUCCCAGCGCUGAACAGGAUUUUUAAAAAGCUGUAAGUAGUGUGACUGGCUGAUACAGGACGUGCCCGAGUUCUCACAGACACCACAGUCUAACGCGGCUAAUGGAUACCCUGGCUCCUCUGUGGAUAUCGGGGCUCCUGAUGCAGGUGUUAAAUGUCCCUGGCCUGAGCGGUCAGUCCUCUGUCUAUCUGCAGGUGGAGUUUUGCUCUUUUCCUCUGAGUUUUCAGCCUCACACUUACAGAUUUUUAUUAGGAAGCAAGGUGCUGAGCAGCAGUGCGGUGUGUGAAAGUGUGUGUGGGUGUGUUAUAGAUGUAAGUGUGCCCCAGGGGGCUGAAGAGCUGAGUCUGGCUCUGCAGUCAUACAGACACAUGCAGCUGCUGGACAGUAGAUCAUUCCAGCUGGUUCCUCUGCAGAGCUCCUUUCUGAAGGUGGAGGUUUCUUCUACCAGUGCUCUGUUGAGCUGGACUGGCUGGAGUAAAGGCCAAGCACUGUGGAUAUGUGUAGAUCAGCAGUGUUGGGUCUUCUCCUCCUUUCGGCCAUCCCGUCUGGUAACAGGACUACAGCCUGGAACUCAUUAUGAUGUCACUGUGAGGAAGACAACACAAAUUCCACAUCUCAAUAUCACCAUCACACAGAAACUGCAGCUGGCCAUAAAGACCGGUGAGUGUCCUAUGGGCUGGAUGGCUAUAGGCUGGACCUGCUUCCAGGUGAAAGCUGAUGGAGGCCUGGCCUGGGCUGAGGCCCAGCAGGCAUGUGGGAAGACAGCCCCUGGAGUCCAUCUGGCUAAUCUAAAGACAGAUGCUGAGUUUUUGUCUGUUUCAUCCCAUCUAAAAAACUAUAACCAUCUGCUGCUCCUGUGGACUGCUCUGAAUGACCGACAGGAAGAGGGGGACUUACGCUGGUCUGAUGAAUCCACAUACAACCUCAGUGUUGAUGUGAUGUCAUCUCUCUCAGCCAAUCAGACAGAUUGUUUUGCACUUCAGAAGAACGCAACUGCACCUGGCUACUUCCUGACCUCUCUCUUGUGUUAUUUGCGGCUCCCCUACAUAUGCCAGACAGAUUUGCUGCAGGGCUCCUUCUUUGGACUGCAGUUGGAGAGUGUAUGUGAGACAGAAGCGGUUUUCCGCUGGUUAAAUCUCUCUCAGCUCCUGAGCUCGGCCGCCAGAUCACAGCUCAGUCUACAUGUUGAGGAGCGGUCUGGGACGCGAGCACUCACACUUACAUCACUCACGCACACACAAAAUAGAGUGGGUGUGCAUGGACUCUCCCCCGGACACGUCUAUUACUUCUCACUCAGUCUUAAACACCCCAGUGGAGCAUCUCAAACACUAGGACCCAUUUUCAUUGCUAAGACCAGACCAAACUCUCCACAAAAUAUCACAGUGACAGAUGUCACAUCAAGUCAGAUUGUAGUGUCUUGGGUUGCCCCUGACUCCACCAAGAACGCUGUGUUUGAACAGUACGUCUUGUACUGGACGGAUGUAUCUUCUGGCAGGGUGAGAGGGUUGUGGAUGAACAGAGGGAAUCUCAGUGCUGUGAUUUCUGGAUUGGAGGCAUAUCAUGAGUACAAGAUUACUGUGCAGUCAGUCACAGGAGAGGGGGUGGAGAGCUCUGAGGCCACGCCCCUGACCGUCAUCACAGAGGUCAGUCCCCCAUGCAAUGUAUCAGCGUCUGCUGUGGGGCAGAACAACAUGACCGUGUGCUGGAAACCUUUUCAGGAUGAUAACAUUGAUGGGUACCAUGUUCAGCUUCUCCCACACACAAGUCAGGCACGUCCCAGAGAAUUCUGGGAGAACAGCUCAGACUGUUUAACACUGGUUAUGCUUGUGCCCGGCGAGACAUAUGAAGUGCGUGUGGCUGCAGAAAAGGGUGGGAAUAGGAGCAAGGAGAUAACCAUUCAUCAGACACUCAAACCAGAGAGGGUCAGUGACGCUAUUCCAUAUGCAGUGGACACAAACUGCGUGGUGCUGUUUGUGCAGAUGCCCAGCAGUGGUCUGUAUGAUGGCCUCACUGUAGCUUACCAGAGGAACAAAACCUGGAUCCCCAUGUCUGGAGGGAGCAGCAAGGUUCUGGUGGGUGACCUGAGUCCAGGAACACUGUAUAAGUUCCAGCUGUUUGCCACAAGCAGAGGCAUGAGAAGUGAUGGCUUCAGUAUGCUCCCAGUCAGAACCUGUCUGGCUCCUCCUGUACGUGUGCGUGCUGGUGUUGUGACAGACAGUUCAGUAGAGGUUCUGUGGGACAGAGCAGAGGGCCAUGGUCAUUCUUAUGAAGUGCUCUGUUUGGAUUGUGCUGACACUGCCAUGGUACAGAAGGUGCUGCAGACUAGAGCAGUUUUUAAGGAUGUGAUCCCAGGCAAGCUGUGUAACGUCUCAGUACGCACAGAGAAGGAGUCUUUCAGAGACAGUACAGCUGUGUUUCUCACCAUCAGAGCAUACCCCAGUUCAGUUACUUUGCUACCACUUCAGAGGACAGCAGCGUCUCUUACUGUGAGCUGGAAAGAGGGUCCAGGGGUGUGUGACUCAUUCAUCCUGUUAAUCAGAAACUCCACUUACAACCUGCAGACCAGCCCAAGUGUCUCUGAGGAGAGAAUGUAUCAUUUUGCACAUCUUCCACCUGGAAGUUUUUACACCAUUGAGGUGAUGACUGUUAGUGGAGAGAGACACAGCAUUCCUACAGCUGUUACUGUUAACACAUUUCCAGCCCCUCCUGAUGACAUCACCUUUAUUGAACAAGACCUAAAUGCCAUGUACAUCAUCUGGACACGCCCACAUGGCAGAGUGGAUGGUUACAGGAUGCGAUAUGGCCUUGCUACAGAUAUUCCUCUUCUUCACCAGGUCGAUGUCUAUAUCAACAACCUGAGGAUAAAUGACCUGAUGCCCGGAACUGAUUACAAGUUUGAGAUCCAGUCCUUUUUGGGAUCUGAUUUCAGCCAGAGUGUUAACAAAAACACCUCCACUAGGCCUGCAGGCUUGUGUUCACUCACUCUCUCACACAUCAACUCCUCGUCUGCCACACUGGUCUGGGACACUGCUGCUGGCCAGUUUGACUUCCACAAGGUGAUGGUCAGUAACACCUCGCACAACUGGACAUUCAACGUGAGCACACACACUCAGGAGUACAUGCUGAGCGGCCUGCGGGAUGGAUGCUCCUACAAUGCCACAGUGGAACGGGUCAGAAACACACUUAGAGGGACAGCUGCCACUCUCACCAUACACACAGUUCCUGCUGGUCCUCAGGAUGUGUGUGUGGUCAGUGUGUCUCCUCAUUCAUUCUCUAUCCGUUGGCUGCCAUCCUCUGGAUGUGAUCAGCAGUAUUUGGUACAGCUCAUGCCAGAACAUGGCAAUGUCACCAUGACAACCACAGCAGACGGUCAUUUACAGGCCAAUGUGUCCAGUGUGAGUCCAGGGACAUCAUACACCGUAACAGUCAGUGCAGUUGCCUCCUCAGGUCUAAGCUCUCCUGUCAGCCGGAUAAUUACCACCAGUGAAUCUGUUCCUCCUGCUCCCUCCAAACCAGAGGGAGAACGAGUGGGGUCCAAUGGAAUCCUGCUCUCCUGGCGGAUGCCACUGCCUCCUGAUCCUACUAUCCAUUCGUUCAUCAUCAGAUACAAGGAGAUGUGUCCACACCCUGACCCCUCCUUUACUGAGGUCACUAAAAGCCUGGACAUUCCAGAAACACUGCUGAACACACUUUCACCUGGAGCCACUUAUAACAUUCAGGUUGCAGCAGUAAACAAAGCAGGGACUGGACCUUUUAGCCAGUCACUUUACUUCAAAACUUCAGAGGCCCCUCCUGGUCUGGUGACAAAUCUCACAGCUUAUGCUCAGAAUCACUCGACAGUGCUUGUAACGUGGUUUCUGCCUGUACGCAUAAAUGGACUCAUCACCAAGUUUGCAGUCAAAGCCAAACAUGCCCGAACAGGGCAGAUAGUCCGAACCCUGGAGCUCAAUGCCGAAGACAUCAUGAAUGGAGCUCUUCCUCAUUGCAAUGAUGCUGCAGAUAUUUUGUCUCGAGGAACUCCCAGCCCAUCUGAGUCCUCCCUGAUGACUUCUGCAGCACUACCCCCAGUCACACUAUCAGCCAUUCCUCCAGCCUCCACCUGGAGUGUGCCGAUCAGUGUGAGAAUGGACAAACUCCGCCCCUACACAGCUUAUGUGUUUGAAGUCUCUGCCUUCACCAGUGAUGGAGAGGGUCAGAUUGCCAGCACUAUGGUGCGCAUGCCAGAGGCUGCCCCUGAGGAUUCACCACAGAAUUUGUCAGUGUGGAACAUCACCUCUAAAUCUUUAUCUUUGUCCUGGGAGCCUCCAACCAUUAUCACAGGGCGCUUCAGUUAUGUCAUCCAGCUCUACGGACCAACAGGUUUUAUUAAUGAAAACAGCACAAGUGAGCAGACGUUCAUGUACAUGGGAUUAACUCCGUACACACGCUACCGUAUCAGUGUUAUGGCCAGAUCAGCUGGAGCCACAGGUCCAGCAGCAGAGACCAGCAUCUCAACGCCUCCAGAGACUCCUGGUGCAGUAUCAGAUCUGAGAGCAGCAGCGGUAGACUCCACGUCUGUGCGUCUGUCCUGGGGAGUCCCAAGCCAACCCAAUGGACUCAUCACUCGUUAUCGCAUACAAGUCCUGUACCAUGAGAUACUUGUGCAGGACAUCACCCUGCGAAGACUACAGGAUGCAAACAAGACUGGAGAAAGUGGUGGCUCUGCACAUCCACCCCUUCCCAGCUCUGCCCAGCCACAGCCCUCCACCAGGGCAGCGGUCACCGGUGUAACCUACCAGUCCCGCCCAUCCACACAAACAGCUAUAACCAGCUGGAUUGAGGUUCUUCCACCCACUGAAGACGCAGUUGAUCUGUCAUCUGAUCAUAUCUCCUAUGUGGUGAGGAGACUGAGUCCUUUCACUGAGUAUGCCUUCAGUGUGUCUGCCUACACUGUCAUUGGAGAGGGACCUGCCACAGUAAUCAGAGAGAAAACCACAGAACAGGUUCCCAGUUCUGUUCAAGAUGUGUCCUAUCAGAACAUAAGUUCCACUUCUGUCCUUGUGAGCUGGAGUCCACCUCUAAACCCCAAUGGAAAGAUCACACACUACACUAUCUAUUUGCUCAACCUGCACAGUCAUGAAGCCCAACAGAAGCUCACAAACGCCACUAGCAUAGUCCUCAUAGGUUUGAACAAAUACACACAAUACAAGCUGCGUGUGGCUGCAUCUACUGCAGUAGGGGAGAGCCCUCUGUCUGCUGAGGAUGAUGUCUACGUAUUGACGCCCGAGGAUGUGCCAGACUCUCCUCCACAUGAUCUGGCUGUAGUGAACACCACCUCUUCUACUGCCACAAUCAUUUGGACUCCUCCUGACAAACCCAAUGGCAUCAUUCGCCAGUACGAAGUCUUCUACGGCAAUGCCACCUACCACCAUAUAGUGAACAGCACUGUACCCAGCAUCACUCUGCGCAACCUGAAGCCUUACACUUACUACAACGUGACUGUACGAGCAUACACACAGCUCGGCCAUGGAGACCAGACCUCAGAAACCUUACAAAUGCUGUCUGGAGAGGAUGUCCCUGGCAGUCCUCCAUACGGACUGGGCUAUGAGAGCAUCAGCUCCAGUGAGGUGAAUGUGUCAUGGUCGGCCCCUGUUGUACCCAACGGCCUCAUAUUGUACUACAUUGUGGAGUACUGGAAUGCCACACACACCCUUAACGUCACCACACACUCUCCGUUCACUCUCCUGACCAACCUGCGCAAGUACGCACACUACCGCCUCAGUGUUCAGGCAGCCACUCGGGUUGGCUUGGGCAACCACAGCAGCGACAUCCUCAACAUCACAACCCUGGAGGACGUGCCAAGUGGUCCAGUCCAUAAUCUCUCAGCUCAGCUCUACGGCUCAACAGCUGUAGUGAUUAGUUGGGAUCCCCCUCUGGAGCCCAACGGUAGAGUCUUCUACCAGCUGAGCUUGCAGGAGGCGGGCGUUACCCAUCCCUAUAUCAACCGCACAGACAACCGCACCAUCAUCAAGACCACCACCGACACAGUCUUCCUCUUCACCAAACUCAGGAAGUAUUUCCCUUAUGUUCUCCACGUGAUCCCAGCAACCAGUGCAGGCUCUGCCCUAAACCACACCUCUGUGCUUCACCUGAGAACAGAUGAUGACAUUCCUAGUUCUGCUCCAUUGCUGGGUAUGAGCAGGAACCUCUCUGCCACCUCUUUGCUGGUGUCGUGGUAUGCCCCUAUUGAGCCCAAUGGGGAGAUAACAGAAUACGCUGUAGUUCUUAAUGGUCCUAGAGGUUCCAACAGCUCAUACACACCUGAUACUCAGCUCAUUCUCACAUACCUCCUCCCAUACACGCCCUACAACCUCUCAAUCUCUGCAGUGAAUCGCAGGGGCAUGGGCCCUUCCCUCAUGCUGCCUCUGCACACUGAUGAAGCAAGUCCAAUGUCUCCACCACGAAAUCUGAGUAUCUUUAAUCACUCUUCUGACUCAGUGUGGCUCCACUGGGAACCUAGUCUGGAGCCCAAUGGCCUGAUUCAACAUUACGGAUUCAAAAUAGUGGAGCAGAACACAAACACCAUUACAUACCAGAACUCCUCGGAUGCCUCCACUCAGGCAGAAUUAAGUGGCUUCAAACCUCAUAGCUCAUAUGAGAUAAGUGUUUGUACUUACACUAGAGCAGGCAAUGGAGAUCAGUACAGUCUUCCAGUUACUUUCACUACCAAUGAGUCAGUAUCUGAGGCGGUCGGGAAUCUGACCUGUACAGGCUUGGAUUGGGAUUCAGUGUAUAUGGAAUGGGAGCCUCCACUUAAUCCCAAUGGAGAGAUCCUACUGUACCUCAUUAGCUCACCAGAUCGGAAGGAGGAGGUUUAUCCUUUAACUCUCACACACACACUCACGCACACAUUCAGCGGCCUGCGGCCCAAUUCAUUCUACGCGAUCUCUGUGGCUGCAGUUAACUCAGCCGGACCAGGAGAGGACGCUAACUGCUCAGCUCACACACUCCCAGAAUCAGUUCCUGGUCCUCCACAGUUCCUCUCUUUGGUGAAUAUUAGCUCUAAUGCUGUGACUCUGAGCUGGCUCCGUCCUAUUAGAGUUCCUGGGCUUUUGAAGGGUUACAAUGUGCAGAGACAGCGUUUGGGGCGGUCAUGUGAGGUGGAAGAGGAUCCAUCCUGUGUGGAGAGUGAGGUUGUACUGUCUGUGAAGGGGACAGGAGAUGAGGAGACAGUCACGGUGCAGUCUCUGCUUAAAUACAGACGUUAUCGCAUCAGAGUGGUAGCACUCACCAGUGCAGGAACAGGAGAGCCUACUGAAUGGAUCUACAUACAAACACUUGCAGGCAACCCUGAUGCCCCUCCUCGCGCUAUCUCAGUAGUUCCUUCCUCCUCUGGCAUGAAAAUUGAAUGGAAAGAACCAACAGUCAUUUCAGGGCCCACCUCCUACCUCGUUGAUGUUGUUGCUCUGGAUGGUUCGGGCCGCAAUAUGAGUAUCGUGAGACAGUCAGGAGAAAUGAGGACAGUCGUUUUUGGAAAUUUGACUGCGUUUACCCAGUAUUCAGUUACUGUCACUGCCUUUACUGGAGAUGUGGCUGAUGCUCAUAGAGAUGGCAUGGCCUCUGAGCCUGUUCUCAUCAGAACACUGGAGGAGGAGCCGAAAGAUCCACCCAAAAAUGUAACCCUGACAGUGAUCCCGGAGGAGGUGACUCGAGUAUACAUAACAUUCCUUCCGCCGGAUGAACCUAAUGGGAAUAUCCAUGCCUACCGUGUUUCCAUCUACCGUGAUGGGCAGCUUGACUUCCACAUUGACAGUGUGCAUGUGAUUAGCAACCCAAACAAGACCAUGACUGCUGUUAUAGAGGGGCUUAAAGGGGGCUUCAACUACAGCAUACGGAUAGCUGCAGUAAAUGGAGCAGGUUCAGGGCCUAGCUCAGAGAUUCAGGUCACCACGGAAAUGAAAGCCCCACCUACGCCAUCUAAAAGGCCAAUGGUAGCUCUGAACAGUGCAGGUGUUGUCAUGGCAACAUCUAAAACCAUCACCAUCAAGAAGCCUGAGUGUUUCUUCUCUGAUGACAACGGCCCUAUUCAGAAAAUUCAGGUCAUCGUCUCUGAGCCCGCAGUGAUGGACUACAGUAAUGUGUCUAACUGGAAGAGCGUAUUUCUCCGUUCUCCUGCCCCAUACGUGACUGACGAUGGCUUUCUUAACCCAGAAUGCCCUAAGAUUCUGGACCGCAUGGACACAGACAGCAGCACUUAUGUUAUAGGGGCAGAGGAAGACUGCUUCUCUGAGGAUGCACAGACACUCUGCAAUGGACCCCUCAAACCCAAAACUUACUAUGUAUUCAAAUUUCGUGCAACCAAUAUCCUUGGUCAGUACACAGACUCGGUUUACUCAGAGCGGGUUAGAACUGCAGAUGACCACCUUCUAACUCGAGAUGAGCAGAUCAUCCUGGGAGUGCUUCUGUCUUUUUUUCUGGCGCUAUUUUUAAUCUUGAUUAUAUACGCAUCUGUGCGGAUCCAUCAGAGACAGAAAGAGGGUGGGACCUAUUCCCCACGGGAAGCAGAGAUUAUUGAGACGAAGCUGAAGCUGGAUCAGCUAAUUGCAGUGGCUGACAUGGAGCUAAAAGAGGAAAAAAUCAACCGGUAUUCCUCCUUUUUCUUUAGGAGGAAGGAUAUAUUUGUCAUCCAGCUGCUCAGUUAUAGGAAAUCCCUCAAGCCAGUCAGUAAGAAGGCUUUCCUUCAGCAUGUGGAGGACCUUUGUGCCAACGACAAUGCCAAGUUUCAGGAGGAAUUUGCUGAGCUGCCGAAGCUACUGCACGAUCUGGCUACGUCAGAUGCUGACCUGCCAUGGAACCGUUCAAAAAACCGCUUCACAAACAUCAAACCCUAUAACAAUAACAGGGUGAAGCUAUUGUCUGAGCCAGGAAUUCCAGGUUCCGACUACAUCAACGCGAGUUUUGUCUCAGGCUACCUGUGCCCUAAUGAGUUUAUAGCCACUCAGGGUCCUCUGCCUGGCACAGUGGCUGAUUUCUGGAGAAUGAUUUGGGAGACCAGGACCAAAACUAUUGCCAUGCUCACACAGUGCUUCGAAAAGGGUCGGAUUCGCUGUCAUCAGUAUUGGCCAGAGGACAAUAAGCCAGUCACUGUAUUUGGGGAUAUCAUUAUCACAAAGCUAACAGAGGAUGUGCAUCCUGACUGGACGGUCAGAGCACUCAGAGUAGAGAGGCAUGGAGACUACAUGGUAGUGCAUCACUUCAACUACACUUCCUGGCCAGAGCAUGGCGUUCCAGAAUCCAGCUCCACACUCAUCCAGUUUGUCAAAGCUGUCAGGUCAAACAGAGGCCAUGACAACACAACCAUCGUGGUGCACUGCAGUGCUGGUGUGGGCAGAACUGGAGUGUUUAUAGCUCUAGAUCACCUGAUUCAGCAUGUGAGAGACCAUGACUUUGUGGAUGUGUAUGGGCUGGUGGCAGAGCUGCGCAGUGAGAGGAUGUGCAUGGUGCAGAACCUGGCUCAGUAUAUGUUUCUGUAUCAGAGCACUCUGGAUCUGCUGACCAGCAAAGGUAACAGUCAGUCAAUCUGGUUUGUCAACUACUCGGCUCUGGAGAAGAUGGACUCACUGGAUGCUAUGGAAGGUGAUGUUGAGUUGGAGUGGGAAGAGACAACAAUGUAAAGGUUGACAUUGAUUCUUAUGAACUUUGUCUGUGCUGACUUUACUGACAGCUGAGAGACACAGAACAAAGGGAUGAACCCUGAAUGAAGACUACUGGGACACUGUGGCCAAACACAGAGGACACAAAUCCUGUAACUGACUUUUUGCACACAUAUAGACUGUGUGUGAGUGUGUGUGUGUAUAUAUUCAUUUCAUACCUUCACCAAAACUUUCUCUUUACAAUACAGUUGCAAAAUGAAAUAGGAUGAUCGCUUUAUUAGUACAGUACUGUACACAAAUAAGAGAGCACGCUUCCUUUAGUUAAUUUCCAGUCUAAGCAGAUAUUGAUUACAAGCAGUUCAUUGUUCAGUGUCAAGAAAAAAAAACAGAAAACAUAUUUAACACAACAUUAUCCAGAGACAUUAUCCUCCACAACUAAAAAUAAUAUCAGAUUUUCAAUACUUAGUAUAUCCACCCUUUGCCUUUACUACAGCUUCCAUUCUUUUCAGGGGACUUGCUUUUAGUUUUUUAAAGAAAUCUGUAAGGAUAUUUUUUCAGUCACAGAAGUUAGUUGCAUUUUCUCUUUUUCACAAUCCAAGUAAUCACAGACAUAUUCACUGAUGUUGAGGUCUGGACUCCGGGGGGAAACAACAUUUGUU